GUGAGCAGACACUUCCCUGAUCUGAGACAUCUCACUGAAGAUGCUGUACUCUUAUAGACCCCUCUCUGCCUGGGACCUGUCCCAGGACUUGUACAGGUGCGGCCUGUGGCCUGAUGUGAGGCUUCUGCACCAACAGAAGAACCAUCUGCUUCAGGAGCUGCAGCACAGUCUGCAGCUGAUGGAGGAGCCCAGGCUCCAGGACGCAUGUGUCCCUCAGCCCCUGUCCCUACAGCACACAGAGGGACAGCCCUUUGUCCUGAAGCUGGAUGCUUGCGGCUUCUCCCCAGAGGAGCUGAGUGUGGAACAGGGGAACGUGGUGCUGAGGGUCUAGGGCUGGACAGAGAAGAAGCAGCAGGAAAAUGGACGCUCAUCUCACUCACUGCAGCACUGGACACAGGAGCUGUCUCUACCUGAAGGACUACAGCCUGAAGAGCUGCACUGCUACAUGUCUCCAGAGGGGGCGCUCUACAUCCAGGACACCCCCAACACACGGAACACUGAGGGACACUCCAUAGCUGCCCAUCAAAAGGCUGCAGGAGGACAGGCUCAGGGUGACAGACACAGAGGGACAUGUGACACUGGACAUCAGCAGGACAGAGAACGCACCCUGAAGAGAUAUCGACUGGACUCUUUAAUACCCCUCUCUGCCUCGGACCUGUCCCAGGACUUGUACAGGUGCGGCCUGUGGCCUGAUGUGAGGCUUCUGCUCCAACAGAGGAACCAUCUGCUUCAGGAGCUGCAGCACAGUCUGCAGCUGAUGGAGGAGCCCAGGCUCUAG